UGCCGGUUGCUUUCGUGUCCGAGAGGCAAGGAUUGCGAAAACGUUCCCCCAGUCUCGCGCGGUCUCGGAUAAGGCGCAUUGCGAAGCUUGGCGAAGGCCUAGGAAUCGACUGCGCGCCGACAACUCGUGGGAGGCUUCGACAGUCUGUCGCAGAGUUUGGAUCUCGCAAAUUACAGCAUGAGCGUCGGAGGGUACAGGGACGUCGAAGGUCUCUACCUCAGCCGCGUAUUUCACGAGAAGGCAGUCCGUUCGGCCCUGUCCUACGAACCGCAACCGGACGACGUGUUCAUCGUGUCCUACCCCAAGUGCGGCACGACAUGGAUGCAGUACAUCGCCUACAGCAUCUUCAACGACGGCGUCUGUCCGCAAGACAUGAUCAACUUCUUUAAGUCCGCGCCAUUCCUCGAGUUCUUGGGCGCCGAAGGAGCCAAGAACAUGCCCAGGCCGGGAGCUAUCAAGACACACCUACCAUUUGACAAGCAGCCCUACUCCGAACGCGCAAAAUACAUCUACGUCACCAGGAAUCCUUAUGACUGUUGCGUCUCCUUCUACUACCACACCAAGAACUUCCCGGCGUACGAGUUCGAGAACGGCACCUUCGACGAGUUUUUCGACUUAUUUGUUCGAGGCAGGGUAGACUUCGGAGACUACUUCGAUCACCUACUGUCGUGGUACGCACAUCGGGAAGACCCCAACGUCUUGUUCGUCACCUACGAGGACCUCAAGAAAGACUCCAGGUCGUGGAUUCUGAAGGUGGCCGACUUCGUUGGAGAAGACUACGGAAAAAAGCUCCGGGACCAACCCGCAGUCCUGGAACGAAUUGUUUCGACGACAAGCCUGGAAUCAAUGAAAAGUCUCAACAAGGACAUAAAGAACUGGACAGAGAGUGUGGAUGGUGUGGAACCCCAAGACGUACCAGAAUCUCUUCAACUGAUGAAAGAGUCCCUCGGAGACCUUUGGAAGAAACCAGUGACUGGUGACUUUGUACGGAAGGGCAUCGUCGGAGAUUGGAGGAACCAUUUUUCACCGAAACAGAUCGAGCAGAUGAAAGAGAGAAUCGCUCUUAAAACAAAAGGAAGCGACGUGAUGACUCUGUGGAAUGACGUGGAUCUCCCGUGACUAUGGCCAAUAAGAGAUUAUGUCACUUGCUUUUUUUUUUUCUCUUUUGUUCUAACAAUUUGUAUCGAUUGAUGUCGGGUCACAGCGUAACUCACUUCGAUGUUGCUGGUGAAAAUCGAUGGAUCACGGGAAAAAGCUGUUAAAUAUUACUUCUAAAAACUGGAGCCAGCUCAUUGCUUAAAGCCGUUUACCACUUUCGAGUGUCUCGUUCAAUAAAGGAAGGAAACCCAAACAUGAAAUCAUAA